UGCCAAGCUGAUGCAUGAAUCUGCGAUGCCCCCUCUUGCGUCGGCGAUUUUGCUCUUGGGUCACAAACUAAACUACUGUGCGACUAAUCCUGUACGGGGCAAGGACUGGAGACGCGCAGAAGGCGUCAUGCCAAACGGGGUACGGUCAUCUGAUGAUGGGAGCAAUCCAGUCGGCCUGGGGCACCGAGCACAGAGCACCGAGCACCCCGAAAAGAGGAGGGCCAACGGAGGCGAGGGCUUGCACGCGCCACAUCUCCCUCUGGGACCUGAUGGGCGCCCGAAUUUCGAACACUCCGGCUCUUUGGUCUGGAUGUUGGCGGUAACGCUGCUCAAAACCAACGUGGCAGCCAAACAGAAGUGCCAGCACUAUCGCGGUUCCGCUGCUGUACCACAGUCCUCCGGUGGCUCAGACAUUGCAGUCCGGGGACGGCGGCCAGGUCGCAGGUCGAAUGUGGCAGUGGAGAACGAGGCUGGGCUGAACACUGCUCAAUUGGGAGGGCCGUCUUCUGGGCAAGCCCCUCAAAGGCUCAAAGGCACAUGCCAGCAGCGACUGCCAGCAAACCAGCAAGCAGGAGCUUCAUAUCGGCAACAUUGCGAGAGGUUCAGGAGUCAGGGGAAAGAUGAGAGCUUCACCGCGACUAUGCACAUUGGCCCAACCUGUCACCUGCCAGCUCACUUCCAAAAGGGUACUCUGCAAAGCAUUGGCAGAUGUACCAUCUCUAGCCGCCGCAAAGUCAGCUGCUCACCUCAUGAGCUGUGGAACUUACGAGAGACAUCAAAUUUUCCCCUAUGGGACCAGAGGAUAAAUCGUGGCGUGUUGCCCGGCAACGUUCCCGAUGGAAACCCGUUGGAUGUUUUGCUUUCAAUUCCUCAAGCAAUCUCUCUCACUGGUGGCGGGCAAAGGGUACAACCCUCGCGCGAGUUUGCAGCUCGAACACAUUCAGGCCAUGACUAA